CACAAGAUUGAGAAAUUAUGUACAAUUAUUAAAACUAACAAAAGAAAGGGUCAAAAUUGUGACCAAGUAAAAGAAAACUGUUUUUUAAAAGAAGAAUAAGGCGAUGUUGCCAGUGUGAUUUGAGUCUGCGCAGUGCUGCAGUUCACCUUCUCUCCAGUAGAGGUCAGGGGAACAUCCCUUCAGGCCCUGGUUGAGUGGUUGAGGUGCUGUGCAGAUUACAGAUGGGCCCCAGUGAUCACACAGAUUAAAUUUAGCUCUCUCUCUCUCUCUCUCUGGGGUGAAAAUGACUCUCCUCAGAUAUCACACUCUGACCUUUUUGGCAAGUUGGUGUCUUCUGGACACACGUCAUUAUCUGCUGAUGUCACUGGGCUUCUCUCAGGUUUCUCUUCUCCUAACGUAUGAGAAACAAACACAGGCUGAACGUGUCGUGUCGCGUGCAGGUUCUGCAUCCAUCUCCAUUUCUGGGCUGCAACUGUAAUCAAAUCUGCGACUUACCUAAGAGGCCACGAAGACGACUUUACGUUCUUUCGUCCGCUCGUGCUCCUCCCAGUGACCUCCCCUCUUCUUCCCCCCUCCUCCUCCCCUUCAUUAAUAGCUUCCUGUCUGGCCUCAUGAGCAAAAUGUCCAGAUGACAUUUAGCGAUUAUGGACGCUGCCGACCACCGGGAAAGUGGUUACACGGGGAAAAUAAAGACGGAUUGGUGCAUUUGGAAGCGGAAGGAGUUUAGACGGCGACGCCGAGGAGAGUUUAGUCUCUGACAGAAGACGGCGUUUUUAACGUUUGAGUUGAGAACGGAAACUGAAAGCGAAGCGAGUCUCUUUCAAUUCGUCGACGAGAAACGAGAGAACAUUCAGGAGAACCUUCUGGAUCUUUUAAAGUUGGUUAAUCUGUUAAUUAUGUUCUCAAAUUCAUUGAUUAUUAGUCGUUUGGUCAAGAACAGUGGUGUACCACUUGAGAAAAUAAAUCUUUAUUAUUAUUAUUAUUACACAUACCCUGGUAUACAGCAGAACAGUAUUUCUUAUUUUCCUCACGUACCACUGGUGGUACACGUACCAAAGUUUGAGAACCAUGGGGUCUAGAAAAUGUCAGAAAAAAAACCCCCAGAACAUAUUCGCAUUUAAAAAGCUGUUUAUUUUAUUUAAAAAUCAGCAUCAAAAACCACAAAGGAAAUAAUCACUUGUUGAACUUUCAACUAACGUUAGGACUGAUUAUGUAUGAGACUAUGUUUAAAAUACAUUUUAAAAAAUGUCCUCCUCACACGAAAACUCACGGGUAAAAUCAAGCGUAAACACGUGUUGUGCGUAACCCCAAGCGCAAACUCAGGUGUCACAUAAAUUCAUGCAUCGCGUAAACUCAGUCAUCGCGUAAAGUCACGGGUAAACUCAAGUGUUGCAUAAAGUCACAUGUAAAAUCGAGCAUAACGCGUGAUGCAUAGGCUCAAGUGUUUAAACUAAAAAAAAGCACAAAUAUUCUCACAAUGUGAAGCUUUUUUUUGGUUAAUAUUCCAGUUUAAUCUUGUUUCAAACAUGUCGUGACAUGUAAACUAACCCACAGACACAGCAGCUCUGUGUUGACCAGGGAUUUUUGUGUUGUUUCCUCACCAUAAUUGACAUUGAUUGUGUCUCAAACACGCCUUCAAACGACGCAUGAGCAUCAGGCCACGGAGUUCCCCUGCCUUUCAUGUUGCUUCAUCCGCGUUACGGAAAUGUUUCUGGAGCCCAAAUGGACAAAUCAACCAUUUCUGGUACGUGAAGGCCACGGCUGUCGGGAGCGAUGGUGGCUUCAGUGUCUUUUCCCAGAUCAAGUUUUUCCUUGGAUUCAAUCAAAGAAAAAGAAGAGGAAGUAAAACAAGAAGAAGGAGGAGAAGGACAAGUGGCUGUAAUCCCACUCUUGUGAAUAAGAGAAACCCUGUGGAUAUAAGGGAGCUCCUGUGACCGCAGAAGGGCUGGAUUCUCCCUGGUGUCAGACCUCCUGCGCCGGGUACAAGUCCUGCCUCCACCCGUCGUCACCCCUCCUGCCCCGGACCGAGUGUGACGCAGCCCACAGAUGUGUCCGGCAGCCCCUGAUGCUCGGCAGUGCUCCGGGACAUUCUGGUCGGUGGGAGAGGCUGGAGCCGCGGCCGCGCUCUAGGAUGCUACGCCAGGUGUUGCACGCGGGCCUGAGGACCUCCUUCCACGUGCUGGGCCGCUUCGUGGCAGGCCACCCGGUGUUCUUCGCCUCUGCACCCGUGCUCCUGUCCAUCCUGCUAGGCGCUAGCUUCAGCAGGUACCGCGUGGAGGAGGACGUGGAGAGCCUGCUCGCGCCCAAGCACAGCCUGGCCAAGAUAGAGGGAAACCUGGUGGACAGCCUGUUCCCGGUGAACCGCUCCAAGCAUGCGCUCUACUCCGACCUGCAGACGCCAGGUCGGUACGGGCGCGUGAUCAUCACCACCCAAAAGGGGAGCGUGCUGGACCCGGUUCACCUUGACGACAUACUAAAGCUCCACCAGCUCAUUUACCAGAUGCAGGUCACCGUCCCGGCCACGGGCUUCAACAGCUUCAACUACUCCUUCUCGUACCUCUGCCUCCCCGACGACAAGAACGUCUGCAUCAUCGACGACAUCAUCCGUGCCAUGGAGGAGAUCCAGUCGACUCGCGCCGCCAACCGCUCCGUCCCCGUCCUACGCUACCCGAUCACGCAGCUGGCCGAUGGGCGGCAGGCGUACAUCGGGCACCAGCUGGGCGGUGUGCAGGGGUGGGGUCCCAGUGGUGGGGUUGGCGCCGCUGGGGCGCGGGGUUUGGGGAUCGGAGCAAGGAGCGAAGGCGUACGUUCGGCGCGGGCAUUGCAGCUUACUUACUACCUCCAAGCCCGCGGUGACCUGAUGGACCGCGUGGCCGGUCAGUGGGAGAAGGCCUUCUGCACGGAGCUACAGCACUUUGCAGCGCUGCAUCCAAAGCUGGGCCUUUACCCCGCCACUUCCUCGUCUCUGAGGACGGACUUCCAGUUUUCGUCGGUGCUGGCGCGCCGCCCCCUGUUGGCCAGCCUCGGGGUGUGUGGCGUGUUGGCCGUCCUCUGCUGCUCCAUGAGGGACUGCGUGAGGUCCAAACCCUGGUUGGGACUGCUGGCUCUACUGUCAAUCACGCUGUCGGGCCUCACCGCUGCCGGCAUACUCAACCUGACCGGGGCCACGUACAACUCCACAUACCUGGGCAUCCCUUUCGUCAUGCUCGGUCACGGACUCUUCGGCUCCUUCGAGAUGCUGUCGUCGUGGCGGCGGACCCGCGAGGACCAGCACGUGAAGGAGCGCGUGGCGAGCGUCUUUGAGGAUGUCAUGCUGCGUUUCUCUGGCUCCACAAUGCUCCACUUAAUGACGCUGGGCUUAGCCGCCUCGCCGCUUACCAAUAUGGAGGCCGUCAGACUGUUCUGCCGCACCGCCGCCUUAGCCGUCACCAUCAGCUAUGUUUACACGUUGUCCUUCUACAGUUCCUGUCUCGUGUUUACGGGCUACUUAGAGACCGGAUACAGACACGGCUGCUUCUGCAGGAGAGUCCCCAAACCGGAGAGGCUGGACUCCAAACCGGCCUGGUACAGGUGUUUAAUGUACACCCGCUACCAGGACGAGACUCAAACCACCAACCCGCCGCACGGGGUCACUCACGGCCACACUCACUCGUCAAAUCCUAACCUGACGCACACGCAUGUGCACACGCACCCUCACCCGCAUACUGUGAACAACCCCAACUCGCACGGGCACGGCCACGUGGCCAACUCCACGCACGCACACCCGCACCCUCACACACACUCCUCGGCCAGCACGGACCCUAAUCCUCAGGACUCUCACCUUUUGCUGGGGUGUGUGAGGCGUUGCUAUGGGGACUGGAUCACAAACACUUAUGUCAAACCGUUCGUGGUUCUGCUGUAUCUGGUUUAUAUCUCGUUUGGAUUGAUGGGAUUUUUGCAGGUAUCGCAGGGUUCUGACCCUAGUGCGCUGGUUGCCAUGGAUACAAAAACAGUAUUAUACACUCGUGCCCAGCAGCGGUAUUUCAGCUCGUACUCCCCUGUCAUUGGAUUUUAUAUCUAUGAAAGUGCCCCCUACUGGAAUGCGUCAGUGCAGCGGGACCUGCUGGAAUACACCAAAGGCUUCCAAAGAAUCAGCUGGCUCGAGGCCUACCUGAACUACCUUUCGGACCGCAAUCAGUCCACCAGCCAGCCGCGGGAGAACUUCACCCGCACACUCCGCCACUUCUUCCUGCACGAGCCGCAGUUCGCCCACUUUGCGGACGACAUCAUAUUCGCUGAGCGCGGCCAGGGCGAGGAGCCCGACGUCGCCGCGUCACGGAUCUUCCUCGUGGCCAAGACGACGGAGAACAAGCGCGAGGAGAUGUCGGUGCUGCUGGACACGCUGCGACGGCUGUCGCUGACGUCGCGCGUCCGCUUCCUAAUCUUCAACCCCUCAUUCGUCUACCUAGACCGCUACGCUGCAGCGGUUAGCUCCCCGCUGAGACACUCGCUGCUCGCGGUGCUUUUCCUGCUGGGUCUGUCCUCGCUAGCCGUCGUGGAACCGCUGGUCUCCGUGUGGCUGGGCCUCACCCUGCUCUCUGUGCAGUUCGGGGUGUUGGGCUUCAUGACUUUAUGGGGCGUGGAGCUGGAUUGCAUGUCUGUGCUGUGUCUGAUCUCAGCUUUGGGAUACUCGGCAGACUGCAGCGGCCCUCUCCUCUGUGGCUUCGCCUCAGGUCGGGGCGAGAGCAGGACUCGGUGGGUGAGGGUGGCACUGGAGCGACACGGAGUUCCCUCUCUACAGACGCUCAUCUGCUAUAGCGCUGCCCUGGUGCCUGUUGGCUCUGUGCGCUCCAACCUCACACACACACUGUUCCGCUGCCUCACUCUCACCGCCGGAUGCUCAGCCCUGCACACACUGGCAUUCCUGCCCACCCUCCUCACCUUCCUGCCACCCUCCAAAAGCCGGGGCCACCGGCCUGGAGGAGAGGGGCAGAGACAGGAGGUGGAGUGUGUUGAAAUGAACGACAGCACCAGGGUGGUCGACCAGAUCACCACUGUCUGAGAGCAUGGGAUGAAUUUGGUGUUUCCAGCCCUUUGGUCGCCAUGGAGACUGCAGGCUGGGAACCAAGCAUCCACUGCACACAAUGCAGACAAGAACGGAGGUUCCUGUGAAGAGAGGAAGAAAGGGAAAUGGGGUAGUCAGAAGUAUGGAUUGUGAUGAUUGAGAUGUAAUGGGGUUUCUAGCACAGUGUGUCCAUGGUUGCUUGUUGCUAUUGCUGUGUGGCAUGUAGAUGAUUUUAUUUUCUUCUUCCUGAGUCUGUCGAUCAGCAGUGGAGGAUCAGUCGCGAUCAGACCUGGACGUCACCGUAUGACAGAGAAAGUGCCACACUUUUCAGGUUUUUAAAACAUGCUUUAUAUCCCAAUCACAUUGUUUGGCUACUGCUAUCUAUCCACAGUAUCAAGUCGCACAAAUACAGCUCAAAUGACAUGAGGCAAUCAUGUGUAUAACUCAAGUAUUUCUACUUUAUUUCUGGGAAAAUAAAGUUAAACGAAGGGAACACGAAGGGUCUUUUGUUUUAGCUGUGAUUAGUCAUGACGUGUUCUAGAUGUUGGUAGAACAGCUGCUUAUGUUUUUUUUUA